AUGGCGAGCGCCGUCACUCAGCUCCCGAAAUCGAGUGAGUCUAUUUCUUGUCAGUAACGAUUAAUGACGUUUGGAAUUGAUUGAUACUAAACACAGCUAGAAACAGCACGUAUUUCGGAAAAUAUACUCACAAAUUGCCUUGAGUGUCUUUCACUAUCAAGAAGUCCUUUCAAUUGAAUUUUUCCGAAACAAAAAUGACCAUCUGGUAUUCUCAAUAUCAAAAGCUUAACGCGGCUUUCAUUAACAAUAGUAGACAGUAGUGUCACACUUCGAGAAUAAGUCGAGUUUUUCAUGAUUUUUGGUUGAAAUCGAAUCCGAAAGUUAAUUCCGUAAUACUGUAGUACGCAAUCAGCUCUUAAAAUAAUAGAAAUUAUACGAGGAAAAACUUGCUUAGACCUAAAAAUAUAAAUCAUAUUGACGAUACGAAAAACAUUUUUGAUUAUGCUUAGGAUUUUUCACGGCCUUAACCGUUGCAGUGUCGUUUUUUUUCAAAACUUACCUGCGCGCCAAGAUUGUGGGAAUAACAACUACUCUACUAAGGAUAAAAUCAAACAUUUUUGAGAUACUUUUUUUCAGAAGAAGCUUCAGUUAUAUUCUGACAAAAUUUCCUUUUCGUUUUUUGAAAUUUCGAUUUCGAACUUUUCAAACAAAAAAAACCGCUUCGGCAUGUUUCUGAAUGAUAAUGUGUGGAGUUAAAAGUACACUCAUUGCAUCUGGUUUCACCUCUGAAUUUUUCUGAGUUUCUAGGACUUCAGAGACGCUCCUCAAGUCUGUGGUUUGAAUGAAAUGACAUUGAAAUGUUACAAAAAAUUUCUUGUGUCGACCUUACAAAGCUUUUUUGGCAAUGACGUUCUGUCGCACGAUUUGUCAUGGCUCGCCUUUUGGGGGUCGGACUGAAGCGAAUUCUAAAUUAUUCGAAAUUUCUAUGCAUUUUUCGACGGGAAGCACAAAAAAAUGAUGAGAACUAGAAAAAAAUUAGGCAAUAGCUUAAACCAAAACAUUGCAAGAUGAUUCAAUUAUAUCGAACAUUUAUUUUUCACAAACCUCAAAUCAAUAUCGAAAUUAUUUUUUCAGUUACAGCCAACGAUUCUGAGAAUAAUAUUUUUCUUCAUUUUUUUGUUCGAAACUUCAGAGUACACCUACGCACAAAACGGAACAAACAAACGGUUUCCCAAGAAACAAUAAUUCUUUCAGCGAGUGUAAGAAAGGCUGGGAAACCCUGUGAUUUAUUGCAAAACCCAAAGCGCAAAAAAAGUUUUUGUUUUCACGCGGAAGUUCUUGUUCAAAAUAUAUGCAACAGAAAAAGUUCAUGUUUUCCGAAAGAAAAGGUUGGAAAUGUUCAGUAGCAAAUGAAUGACAGCUGAAAUCAACCGAUUCUAAUUUUUUUUCAAGUUUUCAAGUUUUUGAGAUCUUAUUUUAAGACCAAAGUGUUUCGAAACAAAAUAGUACGAAUGUUCUAUCCAGUGUCUUAGAUUUUUCCAUUUCUCUAACAUUACAACAAGAAACCUUGUAACUAACAAGGUUCCGAGAAAUGUCAGGUUUACCGACAAUCAGCUUGGAGAUUUUUUUGCCAUCAGUUUCUGAACACAACAUUUGCCGACCGAAGUGUGUACUCAAAUUUCACUUAUCCGUUCUUUUUUCCCUUGAUAAAGCGGCAAAUGUUGACUUUGCGCUAGUGACAAAGCGUUCUGAAACAGAAAUGUUCCGUAGAGAUAAAAUAAAUGACAGAAAGCUUGGGCUUGAUUGGAGCGGCGUUAUAUUUGAGUUUCAUAUCAAAAAAAGAUGGAUCAGUGGAAAAAAACCUCGAGAAUUAAUUGAAUUUUUUUGAUUCAGAAACAAGGGCAAAAUCUAACUAUAAUCCAAAAAAACAAAAACGUAAAACAGUUAAAAAAAUGGAGAAAAAAAUGAAUAAAUUUCCAAAUGAUUAUUUCAAUAACUAUUUAAAAUCACCCUUAACGUAAUCAAAAAAAUAUAGUUUAUAUAACCAAUAUAUCAACAACUCCAAGACGCCUAUUUUUCAUAAUAACAUCUUAAUGAACCUUUCUCUGAAUUUUCAGAUUGGGUGAGACUUGAGCUGGAAACAGUUCAAGUUAACCUUGACAACGACACUAGUCUCAACUUUGCCACCGUCCAAUCUGUCGUCCCAGGCGCCCACGGACUCUAUUACCGCGAGGAUGGAGAACGAAAAGCGCUUCCGUGAGUUGAACAUUUUUAGACAACAGAUUAUGGCAUUCGUUGUUUAUUGGUAUUUUAUUGUAAUUCUGGGAGAAGAAACAUUUCUAUGCGAAUAACUCAGUGGAAGAAAAAAAUCAACAGAAGUUUGAUGGAUCUAGUUUUAUUAAAUAAGUUUUUUUAAGUUUCAAAUCAUGAAAAAAAAUUUUAAAAAAUGCUAGAGGGAGCAUUAGGCUCAGACUUGAAACCUAUGGGGACCACCUAAACUUUAGCCGCCUAGGGAGCUUUAUAGUUUUUUCCUAGCCCCUCUAGACACCAUUCUUGCGCUCCUAAUUUUCAAAGUUGUGUUAAAAUUGGGUAACUUUGUAAUGCCCAUUUUUAAAAACAACAACUUCCUUUAACAACUGCGAGUAAAAGCCUGCUGUUUGGUUAGGUAAAACUGUUACCGCAGAAACGUGGUGACUCAAAAAUCGAAGUCAUGGUUCCAUUAGUCUUUUCUUUGAUACACUUGAACUAGUCAGCACAAAAACUGUUGGUGGCACAUACAGUACCUUUAGAAAAGAUACGAAGGAUCGGAACUUUGAUCGUAACUUUCUUAUAAGGAAUUCAAUAUUUUAAAAAGUUUCUGAAGCUGCGUUUUUUAUGAAUUGAAACUGCAUCAGAGUUUUGAAAAUAACAGUUUUCACAAUUCCAAAAAGUUUCAGAAAGAUUGAAUUUCUUACAAGACGGCACUGUUACCAGAGCAUAGCUUUCAGGCUUCAAUAGAGUUUUCACAAAAACGCUUACUUGGCUUUUAUGGUCAUUGAAUAUCGGGGCUGAUUCAAAAGCUCAAAAAAGAAAAGUUUUCAGAAUCAGUGUAUGGCUCUUAAAAUUAUCAUUUCAUAAGUUUUUAUUUUAGUUCACAACCUAAAAAAAAACCUGAGAAGCCUGAACUAUGAAUUUGUUCUAUUCUACCCUAGUUGAUGCGAAAAAAUUCAUUUCAAGUUCGUAAAAAAAACUCAUAAAAAAACCUCUCUCCAAUGUCUUUUAACAAUGCGCGGGCGUUAAAUAAUGUUUUCAUUUAGUUCUGUUAAGGUUUUUAGUAAAAGUACAAGUUUUUUUCAUCUAUUCUGAUUGAUUUAUAACUACAAGCGUUCAGCAAUCGACACAUUUAUCAAAGCAUCCAAACAAAGUUUAUCAGGGCAUUUCGUUUCACUUUCCCUCGUGACAAUAAUAGCCGCACUUGCUUAUCACCACCUGUCGGCCCUCGUUAUCACAAUUGUCAAUGAUCAAUAACAAUUGUUGCAGGUUCGACACGAACACGGGCAAAGUGUUGCCGCCGACGAGCGGCUGGGAAGCGCAGCCCAUCUAUAUUCACCUCGGUUUUUAGUCUUCCUUCACGGCUUUUUUUCGAAACAAACAAACGCAAAUGCUUUUUAUCAGCUCGUAAAACGGCGCAUUUAAUUCCCUUUUUUGCAGCGCAUGGUUCGCGUCAUGGCGUGCACUUUUCCGACUAUUCCAAGGCCAAUCAACAAUUUGAGAAGAACAUCAGCGCUGUUCAGAAACUAUUCGGUAGAAACACAAAAAACUGUAUGAGACGGAAGGAAAGGAUUUUCAGCCAUUGCUGGAAUGGGAGGACAUAGACAGUCCAAGAUUGAGAAGCCGAGAGCUAGAAGUCAGUCCAAGAAAGGGCCAAAAAGCGGAUACGAAGCUCAGCCGGAGAACGUUCAUAUCAGCGAUGAGGUGAGACUUGAAAAAAAGUCAUUGCUUCUAAAAAGAGUAGCGAGCGUUCCAAAAAGACCUUAAUUCAUGGAGAAAAAAAUGCAAUUUUUUUAUGAAGAUCUUGGAAAAUGAGAAAAAAAAUGAGCGAGAAAAAAAUGUUUUGAAAAUCUCUCUUUAUUAAAUGGGGUUUCCAGUGACUCACCAACCACUAUGCCUUUGAUCAGAUGGAAAAAAAGUUCAAAUAUUUUUUUCUCAUUAUUGAAAGUAAAUUAGAAAAAGGGUUAUUUUGAGCAGGAAAAGUUCAAUGGCAUGCGAAAACCUGAAAAUUCGAAAAUUGAAUGAUCCCCAUCUUUUCAGAGCGACAACGUAGGCCUGUUGAUUGAACAAAAAGACAAGCAGGUCGAGAAGCUCGUUCACAAGAACGCGGAGCUGAAACUGCGGUAGCUCCUUUUUAUUUGUAUUUUCAAUCUACUCAUAUUUUCAGUCUGAAAGAGACUAGACAUGAUUUGCAAGAAGCGCUGCAAAAACUGAAAGAGUAGGGAGGCGAUUGCAAUUCACUUUCUGACAAAUUAGUCGUUUUAGAUACGAAAACAAAGCGGCGCAGGGCCCGAGGUCGCCCGUCUCUGAAACUGAAAAUGUUCAGAAGUAUCUUCCAGUGCAUCGAAAUGAAACUCACAAUAAAUCAAUUCCAGAACUGAGGUCCCCGACAACUCGGAACACGAAGAAACCGUCCGCAACUUGACCCAGAGAAUUGAAACUUUGAAGAGAGAAAACGAAGAGAAAAGGUUUUGUUUAAAGAAAUAACGCUGUUUUUCAGUUUAAUGCAUGGCUUCUUUUUGUUCAGAUCGCACGACUUUAAGGAAAAAGAUGAGGAGAUCAAGUUUGCCGCUAUGAAAUCCAAGUUUAUUGAAAAUUGAGCAUUCAGUAACCUUCACAACGUGAUCGAAGACCUUCGCGCUCAGUUGGCCAAGAGCGAGAAGGAAAAGGUCGAAAACCAGAACAAAGUCGGAGAACACGAGGACAUGCUCAAGAGCGCCAAGGAGAAGUUGGUUUCAGGGUUUGGCGAGAACUCAAAAUUGUCGUUUCAGGGUCGCUUACCUGGAAUCUCAACUUUCUCAUGACACUCCUGGUAAUUUCUCAAAAGCGUUCUAGUGAAUAAAAUGUGAGUUUUAGUAAACAAGGGCCGCAGUCGUCCGCCUUCCGAAUCUCACGACGACACUUCCAUCAAAGUCCAGGUUCCCGAAGUCUUGGUUACCCCAUUAUAAAACAUUCUAAAGGUGAGAUCACUGGAAACAAAGCUCCAAUUGGCUCAAAACUCCAUCCGGACUCUCGAGAGCGAGAAGCAGAAGCUUCAGGAACAAAACUGGUUAGCAUAAUUUUUUUAUUAUUCACACAUUUUAACUAUGCUCAGGUAUGCCAACGAGCAAAUCGGCAAGCUGGAACAGGAAAAUGGAUAUCUCAAGGGAAUCACGGAUCAGUUGAAGUUUGAACGAGAUUUAUAACAAAAAGAAAAUUUAUAUUUUGAGGUUGCGUGCUGACAGUUCGUCGUCGGCUCAGAUUCUGCAAGAAAAAGACAAGAGGAUCUGGGAACUGGCUGAGGAAAAGAGCAAAAUGGAAUGGCGCAUGGGAGAAUUGACGCAAUGGUGGAGCGACGCCAAAUGGAAGUUCGUUUUUAAGAGUCAAAGCUCGUUAACCUGUAUUUCCACUGAAAAAUAAUAACGAACUGCUCCAGGAGCGGUGGGAGAAUUUCAAGUUGGAAUGAAUUAGGUUCAAACCUGAUUAUUUUACAGAAUCGGAGAGCUUGAAUCGGCUGUGAACCAACAGCGUUAUUUGCUGGACACUGCAAAUACCAAAAUCCAAAAUCUCAACGACAGGUUGGUUGAAAACUCAAAAGAAACAGAAAAUAUCUCCUAACUCAAACUUUUUGUAGGUUGAUAGAGGAGGUGAGGUACGGUUCAAGUUUUUUUUUCCAAAUUUUUGUUGGCUUGUUUGAUUUUUUCGACUUUUAUAUCGGAAUGUUCUCCUCUUACUUUUUUUUUACUAGAGUUUAUUGUCUUUGCGAGUUUUUUUAACCAGAUGUUUUUUGGUUUUUGUCUGUCUUCAGUCUGAAACGCUUGAAAAGUCGAAUACAAAACUUAAUAGGAAUUACGGAAACCUCUUUCCAUAGUUUUUAAAAAAAUAAGAUUUUUAUUGGAUAGACUCCAGUUAUUCACAAAAAAAGUGGGUUCGAGGGAUAAAUACGUCCGAGCAACUUCAUAAGUAUUAAUGGUUGAACCAAAAUAUGAGACUUCAAAAAGAAUUUCUAAAAAAAUUCAUUGAUAUUUGAAGGUCCAUAAUAUUGUCUUACCUCUUGUGAUUUUGUCUGCUGUGAGUUUUCUUUUUCUUCAAGUUUUCUUUUUUGAACUGAUGAAGCUUUUUUGGAUUUGUCUUUGAACCAAGUUCGGAACAUUAAUAACUUCGGUAUUUCUCAGCUCAAACAAGUCUUCCGAUAAAAACGUCUUCUCCGUGCAUCCAGGCUUCCAAGGAAACUGGCAGGUUGGACCGGCUAGGUAAGUGUUUUAAAAAUUGAAGUUUUCGAAUUAAGAAAAUAAAUUAGUCGAUUAGCAGAAAAUAAAAGCGUAAAUGAAUAAAGUGACGUGAAAGUUAAAAAAGUGUUUUCAAUUUGAAUCUUAAUUAUAAAUUUGAUGCUCUUUGCUUUUUUUAAACAAAAACCUUGGAAGUGAUAAAGAGCUGGAAAAGCAAAAAAAAAGUUGAUAUUCACAAAAAAUUUUUGAUUUUAGCGCUCCUGGACCGAUUUCCUACCAACCGGUUCCGUCUUAUGGACUUCCACCUGCGAUUCCUUCAUUCGUCUCUUAUCCUUCCAAUUCGCAGCAAUUCGGCGUCAACAAAAUCAGAAUCACUAUCGAAGACACUGAAGAUGAAGUUUUUCUGACGGUAAAAUAACUUCUGAAGGGGAAUUCGAAAGAAAAAAAAAAAUGAUUAAGGGCUCGUUCACGAACUGGCAGUGCGCCUUGCGAUGCGAGAAGCAAACCAACGGCAAAAAAGGCGUUUCUGUUGAUUUGCCUCGUGGAAGGUCAGUUUUGGAGCUUUGAAAAAUGCGACGGUCUUGGAAUUUGAAAAAGUUUUUCAAGAUUUGCCGCUCAGCAAAAAGCAGGGAUAAUUUCAUUCGAAAUGAUUCUUUAUCGCACUAUAGUUAAAACAAAAUGUAAUUUUUGAAAAUCUCGUCAGCUAAAAUAAAAAGCUCGUAAAGUUUGACCGUCAAACACUGACAUUAGAAAAAAACUUGAAAAUUUCAUCCGGGCCUUUUUUGAAAUAUUUACUUGUAUUCUCGAAAAAAAUAAACUAUAAGCAAGACUUUCUUAUAAUUAAGCACAUUUGAAGCAUCUAAGAAUAUAUUUGAGACAAAACGAAGCUAAAUUAGGGAUAAUCCUUAAAGUUUAGCAACUGAAAUCCAGCCUGCUCAAUCCUCAUCACCAUCAAAAUCAGUCUCUUCUUGCAGAUACGAGUUCCGGUUCCUCGUGAGCGGGCAGUGGAAGACUUCUGGAGACUACAGCCUCGUGCCCAACGGCCUCGGCGGCAUGAACAACGUGCUCAACGUCGAUUAA